UCAUCUGCCAUCUAGUCGUCUCGACGGGUCACUGACUUGGGGACUAAUCACAACUCACAUCGGGCUCGUUCUUCCUCUCAAGAUCCGAAGCCAGUCAGCUGGCACAGUACAGUUCUUGACCCCGGCAAGUCGGGUCCCAAGCCCCCUAGUCAGGAUUCCACCCAACAGGUUCAUGAUUCAAGAUGCAGACCUCAUCAAUAUCACUAUGGCUACUUUUAACAAUUAUAUUUAGUUUUGCUGACUUUCAAGUUGUUGAAGGAAAUUCAGACUCUCGAAUCGUUUGUUACUUCAGCAACUGGGCUAUUUAUCGUCCGGGCGUUGGCAAGUAUGGAAUCGAUGACAUUCCGGUGGAUUUAUGUACCCAUGUCGUGUACUCCUUCAUCGGUGUGAACAAUCAAACGUGGGAGGUACUCGUUCUGGACCCAGAGGUCGAUUACGUAGACAAUGGUUACAGGAAUUUCACAGGAUUGAGGAAACAGUACCCUCACGUGAAAUUCGAAGUAGCCGUUGGUGGAUGGGGCGAAGGAGGUAAAAAAUACUCGGAGAUGGUCGCAGAGAAAUCAAGGAGAGACGUGUUCAUCAAAAGUGUCGUUGAGUUCAUUGAAACGUAUGGAUUCGACGGGUUAGAUUUGGACUGGGAGUACCCGGGUGCCGCGGAUCGAGGAGGCAGUUUCUCAGACAAGGAUAAGUUUUACUUCUUCGUUCAAGAAUUGAGACGAGCGUUCGACGCUCAGGGCAAAGGCUGGGAGAUUACCAUGGCUGUGCCCGUGGCUAAAUUCAGGCUCAUGGAAGGUUACCAUGUCCCGGAACUUUGCGAAGACAUCGAUGCGAUCCACGUCAUGUCUUAUGAUUUAAGAGGAAAUUGGGCUGGAUUUGCUGACACUCACAGUCCACUAUACAGACGGCCACAUGAUCAAUACGCUUAUGAAAAAUUGAACGUUAACGACGGUCUUCAAUUAUGGGUAGACAUGGGAUGCUCGCCGAAGAAAUUGAUCGUAGGGGUGCCUUUCUACGGGAGGACAUUCACACUUAGCCAAGGCAACAACGACCAUGGCCUGGGAACGUACAUCAACAAGGAAGCAGAAGGUGGCGAUCCUGGCAACUUCACCGGCGCACGUGGAUUCCUCGCAUACUACGAGAUUUGUGUGAACGUCACUGAGAAAAACGGUUGGACCAUCAAAUGGGACGAAUAUGGGCAUGUUCCUUACGCCUACAAAGGGACCCAAUGGGUUGGUUAUGAGGAUGAGAAAAGCGUGCAAGAGAAGAUGGACUUCAUCAAGGCCAAGGGUUAUGGUGGAGCGAUGACCUGGGCCAUUGACAUGGACGACUUCCACGGCCUUUGCGGUGAAAAGAACGCCCUCAUGAAAAUCCUCCACAAGAACAUCAAGGGCUAUAAGGUCCCGGAGCCCACGUUUACUACCACACCCAGGCCGGAAUGGGCGCGCCCACCAAGCACACCGGCGCAACCGGGUGAGUACCCCGUGAGGCCAGUGAAACCAGGUUCGAAGCCACCCUCUUGGGUCCCAUCGACGACGACAAGCACCACUCCCCAGUACACGCAACCCUCGACGAGCUCCACCUACUGGCCACAACCAUCGCCGACAACAACGACGACAACGAAGAGACCCUACGAGGAGCCGGACACGCCGAGGCCGUUCCCUCCGUACAGGCCGCAACAGCCAGAGCGGCCCCCGACCAGACCACCCCCAUCCCCGUCCACGACGACGACGACCUCCACGGAGGCGCCCGAAGCACCCUCCGGCGAGCCCGACUGCAGGCAGGAUGGAUACAGACCCGCCGCCAGAUGCGACCAGUACUAUCAAUGCGUCUACGGCAAACCAAUUUUAUUCACAUGCAAGCCAGGGACAGUGUGGAACCAGAUAAUGAUGAUUUGUGAUUGGCCAGAAAACUCCAACAGAGCCGAUUGUCAACAGCAGUUCAAAAAUAACAGCUUGUAAAAGAUCAUCAGCUAACGAUCUUGGAGUUGCAGGAUCAGAUGAAGAAAGGAAUCCGUUUUAUCUUUGAUCUCCAGAUCCUAAUGUUUCAACCAUGGCAUGAAACUUUUGUAGCGCAAAGGUUUUUUGUUUCCUAAUCGUGACAUUCCUUUACCAAAUAAGACUUGAAUGAAACAAAA